CGGGGCCCGCGCGGGGCGGGCGGGACGCGCCGCCCUCGCCCCGCCCCGGCGCCCCCGCCCCCAGGUGGCCGCGGCGCGGGGCCGGGGACAGAGGCGGGCGCCGCGGGCCGCGCCGGAAGCCGAGCCCGGGCUGCGUCCGGGGAUGGCGCGCCAGGUGCCCAUCGCCUUCGGGGACCUGGCCGUGCGCUUCUCCCCCGACGAGUGGCGGCUGCUGGGCGAGGGCCAGCGGGAGCUGUACCGCGACGUCAUGCGGGAGAACUACGAGACGCUGGUCUCGCUGGGGACGUCCGAGCGGCUCCCUCUCUCCGCCUUCCUGUCCCCCACGGAGCCCCGAGCAGCCCGCGGCGCCCGCGCCCGCCCGGAUCGUGGGCCGGAGCCGCCCGGGGGCGCCGCCCGGCACAGCGUGCCCCUCAGUGCCCUGGUGCAGCUGGUGAGGGAGAUCCCGGAGUUCCUGUUCGGGGGCGGCAGCCCCGAGGGUGGCGAGCAGGCAAGCCCCGAGGCGGCCGAGAUGGCUGAGAGGACCCCGGGGGCCGCAGGGACAGGCCUCGUGCCCGGCCUGGCUGCCACGCCCAGUGGCAGCUCCUCGUCCAGCGACCUGCCCGGAGCCGGGGGCCAGGGGAGCCCCCGCCCUACCAAGCCCGGGGACGCGGCGUGCGCACUCGACAGGGACGGUGCGGAGCCCAGGGACCCCAGCCCUGCCCGGGGACCUCUCAAACAGGAGGCCUGGAGCCCGGGGCCAGGGCCGCCCCCCUCGGCAGGCAGCAGCCCCCUGCAGGGGCUCAUGAACUGCCUGAAGGAGAUCCUGGUGCCCCCGCCGCCCGCGCCCACCCGCAGCUCACGGCCUCUCGGCCCCACGCACUCGAGCAGGACAGAGCCCGGGUCCGGGAGCCCCCCCGGGGGAGCGCCGGGGCGCCUGCAGGCCGGCGUGGCCAGCCCGAGCCCGGAGAAGCCAGCGGCCUGUGCCCGCCGGGCCGAGGCCAGGACCCCGCCGGCCCCCACGCUGCCCCCCGUGGCAGGCCGCGAGGACCCGGGACCCCCGGCCCGUGAUGUCGGCGUCUUCCUGCUGCCUGUCAUGAAGACUGAGGCCGCGCCCAUGGACUGUCCCCUGCGGGGGCUGCUGAACUGUCUGCGGGAGCUCCCCGAGGCCCAGGGCAGGCGCCCACUGCCGCCGGAGGAGCCCAGGGCCUGGCGGAGGAGCGCUGGAGGCCUCGGACCCCCGGCGGCCACCCCCGGAGCCGGGCUGUCCGUGGUGAAGGUGGAGAGCGGCUGGACCCCGAGCCCCCCCGUGCCCGCGUCCUGUCGGCUCAGCAGACAGAGCCCCUCGGCCGCCAGCAGCCCAGGGGGCCGUGUGGCCCCAGCCGGCAGUGCCUCGAGCUCGCCCCUGGACGCCCUGGAGGCCUGUCUGAAGGGCAUUCCCCUGAGUGGCUCGUUACCUCCCCAGCCGCCCGCCGCCUGGUUCCCGAGCCCCCCGCCAGGAGCCCCCGGGUCUCCGCGGCCCGAGCUGCUGCCCCGAGGAGCACGUGGGGAAGAGCUGACCUCCGGCGCGGCCCUGGGCCUGCAGACCCUUGCGAGGGACGGCCCCCUGGGGACCCCCACCAGCUUCUCCUCCUCCAGCAGCACCGACGGGGACCUGGAUUUCCAGAGCCCCGAGGGCAGCCAGGGGCGCCCGCCCGGGAAAGGAAGCCCGGUGGGUAGCUCCCCGCUGCAGGGCCUGGAGAACUGUCUCCGCGACAUCCCCGCGCCCAGGCUGCGGCCCGCCUGGUCCUGGUCCUCGGCGGCGGACAGGGCGCCCCGGAGAGCAGAGUCCAGGACCUGGGGCGCCGACAGGGAAGGAGCGAGGGGCGAGGCGGGAGAGGCAGCCCCUCUCGCCCAGCGUGCCCGGGACCUGCCCCCCAGGAGCCUGCGGCCCGCCAGCCCGCCGGCCCUCGUCCCCAGCAGCAGCCCCGCCUGCUGCCCGCGCGGCGCCAAGGAACCCGGCGCCCCCCGGGGGCUGCCCUGGAGGUGGCCGCAGGACGGGGUGCCCAGCCGGCCGUCGCCGCUGCGCUGCCUGGAGAACUCGCUGAAGGGCAUCCUGCCCGGGCGGCCGCUGCGCUUCGCCUGCCUGGCGGGGCCCAGCCCCAGCCCCAGCCCCGGCUCCAGCUCCAGCUUCAGCAGCUCCGAGGAGGAGCCGCGGCCCGAGCCUGCGCCCUGGCAGCCCCGCCUGCAGGGGGCGCCGCCGCCGCGAGACCCGGGCCCCGGGCCGGCCCCCACCCAGCCCCGCGGCACCCCGGACAGGGCCGGGCUCCCCAGCGGCCAGGACCCAGGCCCGCCGUCGCCCGCCCGCCACAGCCCCACCGACGGCCCCGGGGCCGCAGAACCCACAGAGCACAGUGGGCUGGGCGCAGCCGCCCGCCUGGAAACACGGCCGGAGCCCGGGCCUGCGCACCCAGGAUCCACGGCCACAGGCCACACCAGCAGCAGCGGGAGGCCACCUCCUCCGGGAAGCCCGCAGACGCCCUCCGCCGGCGCGCGGCCGCCGUGCCCGUGUGCGGGCAGCCUGCAGCAGGAGCUCCGCGGCCUCAGCACCGCCCUCUCCGAGAAGCUGGAGCGGCUGGCGGCCGCCCUGGCCGGCCUGUCCCAGGAGGUGGCCGCCGUGAGGACGCAGGUGGAGCGGCUGGGGCGGCGGCCGCGGGCGCCGGCUCCGAAGACUCACGCGCCUUGGCGCGCCCGGCGCUGGCCCGCGGGCCCCGGGCACCGGCCCCUGCCCUACUGGAGACACAGGGGCCCCGCGCGGCCGAAACCCAGGCUGCUGCGGGGCCCGGCCGCGGACUCGCCGGGCCUGCCCGCCAGCGGCCGGUUCCGCCUGGCCCCCCCGCUGCCCGCAGCCACCCCUCCCGGGGAGCCGCCUGACCCCGGCGCCGCGCCCUCCCCGCAGGCCCUGCCCUCCGCGUGCGCUAGCGGCGCGCACCCCGCACUCGGACACCCCGGCGGCCCCCAGAGUCCCCCGCCCCCUCCGGUGCCCCCCGCGCCCGUGCCCCGCGCAGACGUGGACCCGCCGGGCCCCGGCGGCCUGCUGGCCGGCGUCCAGAGAGCACUGCAGACGGAGCUGUGGGGCGGGGAGCAGCUGGCCCUGCGCUGGGGGUCGCCCGCCCACCGCCUCCACCUACUCGGGGCUGCCGAGGACGCGGCCCCGCCGCGGAGCCACCUGGCCCCCGGGCCCGGCCGAACCUUCCCGGUGUCGGGGCCGUGA